AUGGCUGCGGUACAGAUAUUUAUGGUACUCCUUCUCGGGAGCACUCUAGUACUGAGUAAGGAAAUAGAACAGAAAGCAAAAGUAUCUGAGCUUUUAGAAAAUGGAAUCAAAGAUGGACCAUCCGGUAAACCAGUUAAAAGAGGAAUCAUUUCCGGUGGACACGGAUAUAUUUCAAGCGGCAUUUCUCAAGGAUUCGGUUAUGGUGGUGGAUUAGGCUACGGUGGCGGUAUUGGAAUCGGCAGUGGAAUAGGCAGUGGAGUGGGCAUCGGCAGUGGAAUCGGCAUCGGUAAUGGAAUCGGUAUCGGUAGUGGAAUCGGUAUCGGUAGUGGAAUCGGUAUCGGCAGUGGGAUUUCUGUCGGAAGUGGUAUUGGAAGUGGUCUUGCCUUGGGCGGCUCAGGCAUAGCUGUUGGAGGAGGAGCAAUCUCUGCUGGCCCAGCUGUGGCCGUGGCAGCCGGCCCCGCAGUUGCAGUCGCCCCCGCCCCAGCCGUUCAAUCAUCAGUCUCAGUGCAGCCAAACCCUGUUAUUCUUCGCCAGGAAGUCCCCCGAUACAUCACGAGGACCAUCACCCAUAACGUACAAGUUCCAGUCCAAGUACCCGUACAAGUACCUGUGGACCGACCAGUGCCAGUUCCGUACAGAGUCUCAGUGCCUGUACCAGUCGACAGGCCAGUUCCAGUCAUCCACAAAGUGCCAGUUGAGAUCACCAGACAGGUGCCAGUUUACUACGAGAGGAAGGUCCCAUACCCAGUAAAGGUACCAGUUUCUGUGCCCGUUCCAUACCCGGUCACGGUUGAGAAGCAAGUGCCUGUGGACCGUCCAGUCUACAUUAACCGUCAAGUGCCAGUACCAUACCCAGUCCACGUCGACCGCCCAGUGAGCGUCCCAGUGCCAGUUCAAGUUGACAGGCCCGUACCGGUCCCACACCCCGUUGUUGUUGACAGACCUGUGGCAGUACCACACCCAGUCGUCGUUGACAGACCCGUAGCGGUACAAACCCAAGUUGCCGUCCCAGUUUCAAGUGGUGUCUCGCUUGGCACUGGUAUCGGACAAGGCAUAUCUGUAGGUUCCGGCUUGGGCCUUAGCGGUGGUUACGGCUCCGGCUUGGGGGUUAGCGGUGGUUACAGCUCCGGCUUGGGGGUUAGCGGUGGUUACAGCUCCGGCUUGGGUCUUAGCGGUGGUUACAGCUCCGGCUUGGGGCUUGGCGGUGGUUACAGCUCCGGCUUGGGCCUUAGCAGUGGUUACGGCUCCGGAAUCGGAACAUACGCCAGCUCAUACGGAUCUUACGGCAGUCUGGGCAGUACUGGCCUCGGCCACUCUUACUCAACCAUCGGCCAUUCCAUACACUAG